AUGGACGCGUCGACCCCCGUAUGUCCGAUGAUCGCCCCCAAUGCACCACUCUCUCAUAUCGCCCCCCGCGCUAAAUUGCGGUCACUGCGGUCUAUCUAUCCAUCCUCUCUCGCUACCGUUCUUCUGCUCCUGCCCUCCGCACCCGGCCGUACAGCCGCACAUCUCGCCUGCAUUGUGUUUCACUACACGGCCUUCGCGGGCUUCCUUGGUCCCUCACGACGCCUGCACGCGUCCGCUUGCACUUCCCGUUACUAUCACCUCCACAGUCUGUCUGAUCGGCACGCUCCCUGUCCCCCUAUCCAUACAUCACGCUUUGACGGGGAACAAGAAUCUAAGCAUCCAGCUGACUUUAGCAAGCAACCAGACGAUGGUGCUCAUGAUGACGACGACGACAAUGAUGAAGGGCCGAGGCCCUCAGGUUCUGGAGGCACUUCUUCAGCCAGACAGCCUAGUGGAUCUUCUGGAGGAACUAUGGGAGGCAAUACGAUGGUGCUCAUGAUGACGACGACGACAAUGAUGAAGGGCCGAGGCCCUCAGGUUCUGGAGGCACUUCUUCAGCCAGACAGCCUAGUGGAUCUUCUGGAGGAACUAUGGGAGGCAAUGUGGGUAUGA